AAUUAGCGAGAGUGUGAAAAUUAGAAAGGAGAAAGAAAAUGGAUAACGAGGACAGCGUGAUCGAGCACAAGGUUUACGCGAGAGUGGGUUUACUGGGAAACCCAAGCGAUGUGUAUUAUGGCAAAACGAUAUCGUUUAGCCUCGCCAAUUUUUGCGCCACCGUUAAGCUCCGUCCCUCGGAGGAGCUUCUCAUUCAGCCUCACCCUAAACACGAUCUCGUUCACUUUCAUUCUCUUCAUCAAAUGGUUGAUAGGUUAAACACUGAGGGUUACUACGGUGGAGUGAGAUUGCUUAUGGCAAUUUCUAAAGUUUUUUAUACAUAUUGUAAAGAUAAUGAUAUUAAUGUUCAUGAUAAUAAUUUCACACUCUCAUAUGAUACUAAUAUCCCUCGCCAGACUGGGCUUUCAGGUUCUAGUGGGAUUGUAUGUGCUGCGUUGAAUUGUCUUCUUGAUUUCUAUAAUGUGAGGCAUCUAAUCAAGGUGGAGGUGAGGCCUAACCUUGUACUUGCUGCUGAGAAAGAACUUGGAAUUGUUGCUGGUCUUCAAGAUCGUGUUGCACAAGUUUAUGGUGGCCUUGUUUAUAUGGACUUCAGCAAGGAGAACAUGGAUAAACUAGGCCACGGAAUUUAUGUACCCUUGGAUGUUAGUCUCCUUCCCCCUCUAUAUCUCAUCUAUGCUGAAAAUCCUAGUGAUUCUGGCAAGGUUCACAGUAAAGUACGACAAAGGUGGCUUGAUGGUGAUGAGUUCAUUGUGUCAUCAAUGCUUGAAGUUGCUAACAUUGCAAAAGAAGGAAGGACAGCAUUAGAAGAAAGGGAUUAUACCAAACUUGCAGCUCUCAUGAAUCGAAAUUUUGACCUGCGAAGGUUAAUGUUUGGAGAUGAAGCUCUUGGUGCUCUGAACAUACAAAUGAUAGAGGUUGCUAGAAAGGUUGGGGCUGCGUCAAAAUUUACUGGUAGCGGAGGAGCUGUUGUCGCAUAUUGUCCUGAGGGGACUUCUCAAGUAAAGCUUCUCGAGGACGAAUGCCACAAAGCAGGAUUUGUCAUACAACCCGUUGAACAUUUUCCUUCUCGUCUAAAUGAAAUUGACUUGAAAACCUUGGAAAUGAAUUAAUCUAAUUUGGGGUUUGAAAAUCAGUUGUUUUCAGGAUGAAACAUUUCCAUUUCUUUGAAGAAAAGUUAGAAUUUUCAAACUCUGAUAGAUAUGUUGUUUAUUGAUGAUUUUUUUAAAAUAAAAAUAUGGAUUGAAUUUGUUA